AUGAAACUCUCUCCGGUUUUGCGCAUACUAAUAUGUCCCCUCCUGGUAGGGGCAUACCUGGUCUCCCCACCAGGCACUGCUGCCCCAGGGACCACAGCUGACUGCAGCGAAUGGAUUGAAUAUUCCUCCAGCCUGACAUGCGCGCUGAUCGAGCAGCUUUUUGGCAUGACGGAAGCUGAAUUUGAAGAAUGGAACCCUAUUGUCACUGAACUCGGUACAGGCUGUGCCCUGAUCUCCGGCCUGUACUACUGUGUACAGGUCAAUUUUACAACCGUCACCGUGAGCUCGUCAAAUCCGUUCACGACUACAUCUGGAGGGUCCACCUCAGGUACAGCCGUAGCAACUACCUCAGCAUCUACAAGUGCCAUCGCCACACCCACUCCGUAUGAGACAGGAAUGGUAUCUGAUUGCGAUGCCUUCCACCUUGUUGUGAGUGGCGACACCUGCGCGACGAUCGCCAGUUCAGCAGGUAUAUCCGUCUCCAACUUUGAAACUUGGAAUCCCACUGUCGGGUUCGACUGUUCUGGUCUCUGGCUGGACUACUAUGUCUGCAUUGGUAUUGUUGGAGGCGCAAGUUCCACUGCCGCGACAAGCACGCCCACCACUACCACCGGAAACGGGAUCAGCACGCCUACCCCGUAUGAAUCAGGAAUGGUAGACGACUGCGAUGAAUUCUAUCUCGUCGUCAGCGGAGAUAGUUGUGCCUCCAUUGCCAGCACAGCCGGCAUAUCGGUCACGGAUUUCGAGACCUGGAAUCCAACCAUUGGCUCUGGCUGUUCAGGUCUGUGGCUGGGCUACUAUGUCUGUGUAGGAAUCACCGGAGGAACUACCACUACUACAACUACCACUGUGGCUACAACGACUACUUCUGCCGCUACGACUACCACCAGCGGCAACGGCGUGACCACCCCGACUCCCUACCAGUCCGGCAUGGUGGAUGACUGUUACUCUUUCCAUCUUGUUGUUAGCGGAGAUAGUUGUGCUGUUAUUGCUGAUGAUGGUGACAUCACGUUGGAUGAGUUUUAUCUGUGGAAUCCGACGGUUGGAACCAGUUGUAGCAGUUUGUGGUUGGGUUACCAUGUCUGUAUUGGGAUUCUGUGA